UCUUCUUCCUCCUCUUUCCAGUGGUUUCUCAGAGAGAAAAGUUUUAACAAAGAAUCUUUUUUUUUAAUGCCUUUUAGUCUUUUUCAAAUUACUCACAUUUACAAUAUAUACUAUCAGCAGCCCUCCAUAGUUCUUGCCCAGAUUCUCUCUCUCUUUCUCUCUCUCUCUCUCUCUCUGCGAAGAACACUUGCCCACUAUAGUACAGAUUUCCCACACACAAUAUGCAUAUGUGUAUGUGUGCAUAAUAGACACUAGAAGGAGCCACACCGAGAAGAGACAACUGGGUUUGCACUAUCUUUGCAGUUUGUUUUUUCUAACAUUGCUUUGCAUUCCUCUCUUCCCCCCUUUAUAUUAUCUUCAAGUAGAGCUGUAACUCGAAACCGAAAGGAGAAUGCAUAUCUUUGAAUUAUCUUCAGCCGAUUACCAAGAACCAGACGGCGAUCAGUCCAAGGAAGAUUUUCAAUUUUGCAAGUCUCUCCAAGAGCUGAAGGAUUUGCGGUCUCAACUACAUUAUGCGGCUGACUACUGCAAGGCUACCUUUUGCAAGGCUGGAGACAAGAAAAUGGUGGUGGAGAACACAAAGAAUAUGUAUGCAGGGCAGUGGUUACUCUUGUGAUCAUCUGGAAUGU